CAUGGCUAAGGAAGACUUUAUGAAGAACGUGCUUUACGUUGUCAACAUAAUCUACGCCGUGUUCGGCCUCGCUACAGCGAUCACUGGAAUAUGGUUUUUCGUGCAACUCAUGGAGUUCGUCCGGCUUCGGAACAUGAACCACUAUUUACUUGACUGGAGAAUUUACUGGCCUCAAGUUGCACCAUGGCUGUUCAUCAUCUUUGGGGUUAUGAUUAUCAUCAUCGCCUUCUGUGGUUGGUGCGGUGCUCAACGCGAAAGCCGAGGGAUUCUUGGGAUUUACGGUGGCUUUAUGAGUUUCCUGAUUUUAUUCCAAGUUUUAUCAGCAGUGCUUAUAUUUGUGUACGUGGAUGGUGAAGAUACCGAUCGGUUCAUAAAGGAUACAGUGUACGAUGGAUUCUACAACAUUCAGAACAACCAGGAACACGCGAGGCAGUACGAGUGGAUUGAGAGGAAGCUUAAAUGCUGUGGGGCGAAUGACGCUCGAGAUUACCGUGCUUUUAGAAACGACCUGCCUCUGUCUUGUUGUCAUGACAGCCUUUACAAAGCCUUGUGUGACUUCACCGAUAAGGAAGCCAACGAAAGAGUGGGUUGUGCUAAAGUGGCUGCAGUGUACACUAAGAUUAUCAGCUCUUCAGUAGCCGCUGCAUCACUCCUGAUGAUGAUACUUGAGAUUGUUGGUGUCGCGAUAGCUUGGAGACUGUUCCAUCUAUUCCGGGAAGUGGAACAUUAUAUUCCGGAGAAGAAGGAAGGUGAGACAGAGUGCUAGUAUUAGGUUGUAUUUAGCCAGUAUUAUACCGCCGACUUUAGUUUACCGACACGAAUCCGAUACGAUCUUUUUGCAGUCUUAACUAUGCAUAUCUUCAUGUUUAUUAAAUACAUUCAGUUCUUGACUUAAAGUUUUAUAAUAUAAGGUUUAUAAUAACUUGAUAGUUAUGGAAUAUGCCGAUAUGCAUAAUUAAUUUUAGAUUACUGCAUUUAGCAUCAAGUUCCCAUGUCUCCUUGGUUAAGGAAAAUCAGGCAACUUGUUCAUAAUUAUUAUUUAAUUGUAAGAUCUCCGCAUUCCUUCGUGUCUUAGUUAAGAUAAGUUAAGCUAAUUGCCAUAAUGAAAUCGACUGAGGUCAGAAUGCCAUCGCCUUGAGUCGUUAUAAUCAGGAUCCCUAACUCAAUCAUGUAUAUUAGGCAAUUGAGUGACUUAAGCUUUGAAAUUGAGCUGUAUAACUUUGAAGCUAAGAUUGAGUUUAGAUAUAGAAGUUGAGAUUCUUAAGCUGUACGGCCUCGCGAGCAGUCGUGACGAAUUAUAAAACCAUUCGAGUAUGUACCUCGUCCAACGUUGAUUUCGCAACGCUCGCUUGAAGUCGCUUCGAAAGCGGGCGAGCCAUGGACAGGUAUAUGUUGUACUUGCGUAGAAGGCCGCUUAUGAGAAAAUGUUUGACCUCAAAUACGACUUAGAGCAUAAACGCAGUAACUCCGUGGGUUUUGACGUAACUUUGCGACUUUAGGCGAUGGUAUUUUGUAUGUUGUGUGUUUGGACAUGAGUUCUAAGGCAGUUAUGUAAUGUGUUCUGGUAAUUUAUUAGCUUCGAUGAAGCAUGUUUUUAAUAUCAAUGUGCCAACGUAAUCAUGUUAUUUGGUUGCGAUUAUGCAAUGGACGCAUCUUUAUAUUUAGAUAUAUAUUUUCUUUGCUACAUUCAUUCUCCGUCCAUGUUAAUGUAUAUUUUGGACUAGAAUAAGUUUUUUUUUUACCUGUUCAUAUGGACUUUAGAUGUAACAUAUGUAUACCACCUUCUGUAGAUUAUUUUCGUAAAUGUUAUCGCAUGCCAAAGAAACAUUAUAGGUACAAAUAUAUAUCGAAACAUAUUUAUGUCUUAAAGAAAUAUUUUUUGCAUGCAAAAACUAUACACGUGUUAGGUAAGUUAGUUUUAAGUAUAUAAAUCACAAUGUAUAUAAUUAUUUAGAUUUUUAUACAUAACAGAGGAUAUAUUUUAGAGACUACUGCAGACCUCUCUAAAGUAUAUCUGGAAGCCUAGUCUUUAAGUUACCUUUUUGUUGUGAUGUGUCAGAAAUGUGUAAUAAAUGACAUCUUACUAA